CGACGGCCGCCCCGGCUCCGCGCUCCGUGCCGGGGCCGUGUUCGGCGGGACGCUGCCUCCGCUCUGCGCCGCAGGAUGGACCUCCCUAUCCCUGCUGAUCCCGCUGCCCUCCCCAAGCACAUCUUGGACAUCUGGGUCAUCGUUCUUAUCAUCCUGGCCACCAUCCUUGUCAUGACAGCCCUGUUGCUGUGCCCAGCCACAGCUGUCAUCAUCUACCGGGUACGGACUCACCCCACACGCAAUGGCAUCGUGUGAGGGAGAUCAGCAGGACUCCCACCAUGGGGCACCCCGAGAGUCGGGAGAGGAUGGGGCUGGAGUGGGAGUGAACCACCGUGCUGCUGGGGAGCACAGCAGGAUCUGGUUGUGUGGCAUUGAGGACAUGGAGGUGAUGCCCAGCUGGAAGUGACUUGUUCUUGUAAGAUAGCUUGCCUCUGCCAUCUUGCAGCCAUGUUAUCCCAUUGGGACUCUCCCAGUACCAGCAGCAAGGCAGCAAGGACCAUAAAUGCCUGGCAUAGUUAUUUCUCCAGCUGCUGGGGUGAUUGGAAAAGAAGAGUCAAAGCCAGAUGACGGAUGUGGCUUCUGGUUGUGCAUCCGUAUUGCUGAAAGCAUUGCUGCAGGAGCACAUCCCAGCAGGAAUGCAGCUGGCACCAGUGGUUCCAUGUGUCAGAUAUCAACUGGAAUUGCAGGAAACCCUGCAGGGUUCAGAUCCUAUGGGUCCAGUGGGACAGAGGAGUGUGGGAAGCUUCUGCCUCUGCCUGCAUGAUGUUGGAGCUGCGUCCCUUUCCCCGUGCCUUCCUAUCAAACAGGCAGCAGAGGGUUCCCCCACAGGUACUGCCAGACCAAAUAAGCUAAUAGAAAAUAAAAUGACUGUAUUCUA